CCAGUCUGUUUGUGUCCCUCGAUUCGAUUGGAUUGCUCGGUAGAAUUAUUCCUGCGAUAAAGCACCACGAUGAAGCUGUUCUGGACUGUACAAAUGGUGAUCGUGCUGGUGCUACAACUCACCAGCUCGUUACCGACUGGAAGCCUACCUACAGAGAACGCUAGUGAAGCAUCCGAAACAGCGGAAGAUGUCACGACGGAGAUGGAACCACCAACCACCACUACAUCAAUCAAUCCCAUCCACAACGAAGUGAACACAUCCGAUGAUGAAAUACCGACCUUUAAUCGCAAUCAAGUAAAUCUCGAUCUACCGAAUGAUCUGUUUUCAUCCACCGCUAAUCUGACGUUUCGUUUGCGCAACUUUAUCGGUGACUUUAUCACGCGUGCCUCCGUACGAAUUGCGCAGGUGGUACGAUUCUUUCAACCCGUGUUCGGAUACCAUCUGAUGAUUGACAUCCCGAAGGAGCUGGACGUAUAAAGUUGUGCCUGUUCGACCGCGGAACCACCCAGCACGGGUUCCACGUGUGAAAUUUGUAAUAAUUUAUUUACGCGUUACAUUGUUAUUAGUCUAGAAUUAAAUAAUUUAUCUGCUUCCUUCAACAACAACAA